AUGAUAACUACAAUCGAAACACUACCUAAUGAAAUUCUUCUUCAUAUUUUGUCUGAUUUACCAUGGUUUGACAUGUUAACUUCUUUAUGGUCAUUAAAUAUUCGUUUUAAUUCUCUUAUAUGUUCAACUCUUUCAAUAGAUAAUAAUUCGUUAAACAGUGGUCUUGUUAUUACACAUGGUUUAUCUUAUAAUAAAUGUCGUUCGAUAUUAUUUUCGUUGAUCUCGAAUUGUUCGUCUCUUGCUUCUUCUAUUCAACGUAUUUAUUUUGAUGGAAGAAGUUCAAUAGCUUGUGAUCUUAGUUACGAAUGGUUAUUUACUGAUAAAAAUAUUCUUCGUUUUCCUAAUCUUAAAUCACUUAUUCUUAUGCGAUGUGAAUCAAUUGAACUAACAAUUCAAAGUUUAUAUUAUCUUAUUGAACAUCAAUUAGACAAUCUUACAUUAACAUUUGAUCAUCAAGUGUUCAAACGAAUUCACCAUUUAACAUGGGCUUCUUUGCCAACUUCUCAUAUAAGUAAUUAA